CAGUAUCAAAAUUUCUGAAGAGAAAGAUACUAUUUUUACUCUCUCAUUCUCUCUCUAAACCUCCCUUCUCCUUCUCCUCCUUCUCCUCCUUCUCCUUCUCCUUCUCCUUCUCCUUCUCCUUCUUCGUCCACCGCUCCGGACCCCAAAACUAGGUUUUGCCUCUCAUCUCUCUCGCAUUCUUCGCAAUCCGUUGCAUUUUCGCCUUUACAACUCACUUCAUCUCAGAUUAUGGCGUGUGGAAGAGUGGAUACUCAAUGUUCUAGUGAUGCAAAGAAUAGUUCUAGAGUGUGAGAGUUUGGUUUCCAUACUUUUAAGUCCUUUUUAUCUAAAUUGAAAUGUCGGAAAGGGAUUAGCAUUGAGGAUCGAUAAACCACAGAAUUGCUAAGUUCUGACUUCUGCGGAGCCUAAGGGCUUUCGUAUAGUGAGCGUAGGUAGUAAUGGGAUCUGGUACUUGUGAAAUUGUCGAAGCAAGGGAAGAAAUCAAACCUGUUCAAAGUAAGGCAGGAUCUCAUCAUUCAGAUUUUGUAUCAGACAAAGAUCGAAGACUUUCUGCAUUGAAAAUUGGAUUCAAGGGAUCUCUAGAGGAUGAUAUCAAUCAGCUUUUUGAGUCUAUUAGUAUUAAAAAUGCAUCCAAGAGUUUAGGUCAUUCACAAGUAGAGGUAAACGCACUGAGAAAAAGUACACUAAAGAAGCCAAUAACUGUUGGCAUACCUCGGUCACCAGGUAUUGGUACUUCUGAUUCCGGUAGUCUGAAGCAAGCACUUAGGGAACUAUGCCUUUCAAAGGCGUCUGAAAUGGCUGCUAUGAAGAGAUCAUCAAAAUCGUCUAGCUCUUCAAGAAUCUCAGAAGCUGGGCGAAUCAAGACAUUGUACAAUUCAGUUAUGGUUGAAGCCACUGAGUCAGGCUCUUCUUCAGAUAAUGUUAAAGGGGGACGUGUGGUUGGAAUAUCCCUGGUUCCAGAGGAAAAGAAAGUGAACUUUGAGAAGAGACUUGAGCAUGUCCAGGCAUCUGCUGUUAAACCACCGGUUGAAAGUGCUUACUCUUCUCAGUUGCCUGUUGCAAAAGCACAAAAGCACGUUGAGGUUGCUACUGUGGAACAAAACGUCAAUCCCACUUUGUCAAGGAAAGUUGGAUCUCAAACAUUAAAGGCAGAGUUGGAGAAGGAAGAGGAGUCCAUUACUCUACCAUCUAUAUCUUCUUGCACUAUUGGCAAGGUCUUGGAGAAGGAGAAGAAAAUUCUUGCCGGAAGCAGAGUAGCAAAUAAAGUGGGAUCAUCUAAGGCAGGACGUAAAGGUAGGUUGCAAACUACAUCUUCAUCUAAGUUGGGUAGUGGCAAUAAGGUAACCAAGUUAUCUAGAAGUGCCUCCCGUUCUGUUAAACCAGUUAUUAGGAACAAGGGGCUGGCUAAGAAGAAAGUCAAACAGGAUUUGAGUUCUCCAGCAUGUAGUUCAAGCACAUACAAUGCAGUCAAUGGUGAUAUGGAUCCUAGUAAAAGGAAGUUGAUAUGCGAGAGAUGCCAUUGUGCAUUGAAUAGUGCAGCUAAAGACUCAAAGAAGGGCUCUGCAUCCCAGUUUAGUGGUCUUGGUACUGAUGUAAACAUGACAAAUUCAAAAUUUGGUGUUAACAAAUCAGGCAUCAAUGUGGAUGGCAAGGCUUCUGAUGUUAAAGUCAAAAGAAAUACAAGGGUACGAGAUAAGGGUGAAUUUUCUCAAAGCUCAAAAAGUAGUCAAGGUGAGUACAGUAGCAGUACGACGAGUAUUAUAAGUGAUGAUAGCAAUGGGCAUGGACCCAGUAAUGGUAACAGACCUCAUAUGUCAAAAGACUUUAGGUGGGAAGCCAUACGCCAUGCACAAUUACAGUAUGGGGUCCUCAGCUUGCGACAUUUUAAUCUUUUAAAGAAGCUUGGUUGUGGAGACAUUGGAACAGUGUAUCUUGCUGAGCUAACUGGCACAAAUUACCUAUUUGCCAUUAAGGUCAUGGACAAUGAGUUUCUAGCAAGACGGAAGAAAAUUCCUAGAGCACAAACCGAGAGAGAAAUACUGAGGAUGUUAGAUCAUCCAUUCCUCCCUACACUUUAUGUUCAAUUUACUUCAGAUAAUCUAUCAUGUCUCGUCAUGGAGUAUUGUCCUGGAGGAGAUCUUCAUGUUCUGCGGCAGAAGCAGCUAGGCAGAGUGUUUCCUGAACCCGCAGCAAGAUUUUAUGUUGCUGAGGUCCUCCUUGCUUUGGAGUACUUGCACAUGCUCGGAGUUAUUUAUCGAGAUUUAAAACCUGAGAAUAUUCUUGUCAGGGAAGAUGGUCACAUAAUGCUUACCGACUUUGACCUGUCGUUAAGGUGCACGGUCAAUCCAACACUCCUGAAGUCAUCAUCCUUCAAUGCAGACUUGGUGAAAACAUCAGGUCCCUGUACAGAUUCUAAUUGUGCUGAGCCAUUUUGCAUUGAACCAUCAUGUCAAGUCCCAUGCUUCAGCCCCAGGUUUCUACCUGCUUCUGCCAAAACAAGGAAGUCAAAACCUGAUCUCACAACACAGUUCAGGUCAUUGCCCCAGCUCGUUGCUGAACCCACCGAUGCACGUUCGAAUUCCUUUGUCGGCACUCAUGAAUAUUUGGCUCCUGAGAUCAUUAAAGGAGAGGGUCAUGGAGCUGCAGUUGAUUGGUGGACUUUUGGUGUUUUUCUCUAUGAGCUUCUGUAUGGUAGAACCCCUUUCAAGGGCUCCAAUAAUGAAGAAACAUUAGCCAAUGUAAUAAUGCAAGGCCUCAGUUUUCCCGACAGCCCAAUCGUUAGUUUCCAAGCAAGGGAUCUUAUCCGAGGACUGUUGGUAAAAGAACCUGAAAAUCGAUUCGGGACAGAGAAAGGGGCCGCGGAAAUCAAACAGCACCCGUUCUUCGAGGGACUAAACUGGGCAUUGAUCCGGUGUGCAGUUCCUCCAGAACUUCCAGACUUAUGUGAUAUGGACAUUACAAGUAUGAUUGCUCAACAAAACAAGUUCAGGUAUUUGGAAAACAAGUCCACUGGAGAACACCUUGAGUUCGAAUUGUUUUAGGAGAAAAAGAAAUCAUCAACCUUGGGAAGAAGAGACGUAGCCAAGUUAGGUAUUAGCCUUUUUAUUCCAACAUCUUCCUCCUUGCUGUAAUUAAUAUUGUAGCGUAUAAUGUAAAUUUGGUCGAGAAUAUUUGUAUCAAGGCUUUUACCAUUUUCAUGGCAUCAAAGGUCUCUGAGUUCUA